CGCGAGUCUCAUUUGGGCGAUCGAUCGUGUCAUUCGUUCGGCGUCGCCUCCUAAAAUGCCCGGAUCGAACGCCUAGCCUAGGGUUUCCCCUCCUCCCACUCCCCCUCCCCCUCCCCCACUGCCGAUGGACGAUGCCCGGUUCCCUCCCCAUCGUCGGUCCAAGGCCCCCUUCCGCGACCUCCCGCCUCGAUCCCCGUUUGGUCGUCGCUACCCCGACGAUGACGAGGACGAAGAAGGAGAAGAAGAGGAGGACAACGAGGAGGAGCAUAACGACAUGCAUCAGCCCAUGGACGACGACUACGAUGACGACUCCUCAUCCGAGAGCCGUGGCAAGCGGAAGAGGAUCGAUGAACUCGCCCUGGGGUUCGAAUUCGCCCCGCGUGUAAACCCCGAGGCCUCCGCUCCAUCCUCCAAGCCUGCUGCCCGGACUUCGACCUUCGACCUCCUGGAUCCGUGGGGCGAUCGCUUCGCUCAGAACGGUCGGAGGAGCCUCCGAGCGGAUGAGGGCAGCGAUAUCGCCAAGAAAGUCUCGCUGGCCUCUAAGGCUAAUCGAACCAACGCUUAUCGUGGGAAUCGGUUUGAGAAGUACAAGAAGGAGAAGCCGAGCACGGCGGAGGAUGGGAAUGUUGGAAGCAAAUGGGUUUAUUUUAAGAAGAUGGACGCUUUGAUGUCAUCCCCGUCACCGCUGCCAGGACGGCAGCAGCCACAUCUCUUUUCUAGUUCCAGCGUCUAUCAGAAUCGUUGUAGUGGCAAUCAUGAGAAGAGAGACGGUCUAGGGAACACCAGAUAUGACGGUGAUUGUGAUGAUGAGGAUGUCGACUCUGAUGGGCUCCCACGAAAGAGGAUGAAUGUCUUGAGGUGCUCGGAUUCUUCUUUUAGGAUGCUUGCUGAGUCAAUUCAGAAGUUUGGAGACAUCUAUGAGAAGAUGGAGAUUCAUCAGAGGCAGCAGAUGGCAGAGCUGGAAAGGAUGAGGAAGGAGUUCCAAAGGGAUUUGGAGGUGCAGAAAAGGCAGAUUUUGGAGAAGGCACAAGAGGAGAUUGCAAAAUUGACAGAGGAGGGUGGGGGAGAUGAUGAAGAGGAUAGGGAAGAUAAGGAGGAAGACAGUGAUGAUGGUGAUUCUGCUGAUAACCUUAGCGGGUUCGUAUCUGCUUCAUUCUUCCUGACGACCUUUGUCUGAGAAAGAGAGUGAUUCCCCAGUAUCCAUUGGCUGCUUUGGAUUGCUCCUGCGCACCCACUUCCACGUGCUGUUCUAAAUAACAAAUUCUGUACUGCAGUUACAUUGACAAUUGAUGUGGUUGGGGGGGGCCGAGGAGGAAGCAGCUUUGUAUUUCCACUAUGUUUGAAUAGCUCAUUGGCAUCCCCUAUUUAACUCCCCAUUUUACCCAAACGUUUAGAUUCUAGAGUUUCAUGACAAGAUGUGUAUUUGCAUGAUUAGUCUCCAAGUUGGUCAUUUGUUUGUA